AUGCCCCCUCCAAAAUCGCCUCUGGAUAAACCAUCCUCUUGCUCCUCCCAUAGUCGAAGACCUAGUGGCUCUCGGCGAUCGAGCAGCGAGAAAUCGGUUACUCGGUCAUCGAAGCAUGGGGCGAAGGCCACUCAAACGUCUCAAGGCAAGCCAAAAGAAUCGAUGCCAGACUUGUCGCCCUGGGAUGCGAUGGCACCACCGGAGUCAGGGCUGGAUAGGGCCCUCGCAGAGUUGGGAGGAGGCGACGGCUUGGGCAAACAGGAUAAUUCAAGAACGCUGCCAGAUGGACCCAGCGAGCAUCCACGCACCAUAGCGCCAGCAGCUCCCAGAGACUCGGGCGCUGGGGGGCGAGGAGUAAAAUUUGGCCCUGAGGGUGUGGAUAUCUCCAAGAUGAACUCGGCAGAAGAAUUGGAACGACUGCGAGCAGCUAUGAAUACACAACUUCAGUUGAGUCAGCAGCGCGAAAUGCGUGUCAGGAAAUCAGCGAUGAAGGGCGAUCAAGGUGGAAUCGCGUCUACUACGACAACAAAAUCUCGAGUGUCGCCAAUACAUGAGGAGGAGGCGCCAUCUCCGUCAUCUUUGGACGAAGCUUUCGCGAGCCCUCUUCCAAGUGCUACGACCUCGACCGAGUCUGCAGCAACGAUCCGCGAAGGAUUCACACCAGCUGCCAUGUCUGUACGCACCCCGUCAUACCCAUUUCCUUCGAUGAAGACCCCACGACAUUUAAGCUACAACAGCCAUCGUCCCUUUACCACAUUGUCCCCGACAGUUAAUCCAGCACCGCCGUCGGGGGAGCCCUUAGACAGACAUGUCUGUGACCGAGUGCAGUCCGGCCCAGUUACCCCCGCGUCGUCGUUGAACUUCCAUCCUCCGGCGGCGUCUCCGCAGGUGAACGAUCCCAACUAUCAGAUGCCAGAUCUCUACGACUUGAGUCUAAGGCUUGUGUCGGAGCCUGGGCUUGAUUCGUGGUGGACUACGGUUUCCGACAUUAUGCGAGACUCUUAUAUGGCCGAGCGCGUGACACUGACGAUUCCAGCCGACCCUACAGAUGUGGAGAAUGUCCCUUGGGCCCAAAAGGCGACAUUUAAUGCCAUAGAAGAGGACGAACUGAGCCUCGCAUACUUGCCGCGUGGAAGCAGUUUGGUGGUCAGCAGUACAAAUGAAAUAUCCAAUUCGGACGAGGGAGAUUCACCCCCGGACUUCUGGCCGACCCUGAGGGCAGUUCGACCCGGCCUUCAAAGCAGACACUCGUUUACCGCCUACGAAGAUACGAAGCGCGAGACCCCUCCAGUUCCUGAGGAACAUAGAAGCACUGCCACGCGACCAGCAGUCUUAGCUAGAGCAAAGAGUUACGUUGCGGGUGCCCCAGAUAUGCCACUCAGUUCGGCCAGGCGCCCAAGUGCAAGGCCUAGUUUACAAUCUCUACGACGCCAUACAGAAUUUGAAGAGAUGAAAUCGUCUGUCGUCUGGGAGGAUAAUGAAGGGGCUGAAAGAGAAGUGCGAGGGCGUGUCUUCCCAGUUCUACAGGCUCUAGACUACGAAGCGGAUCCACUAAUAGAUAAUACUGGUGUCAUGCGAGUGCUGGAGCGUGAGAAACUCGUUGUUCUGACGCGAGACUAUCCUUAUAACCAACGACCGGAUUCGACAGAUGACAAGAGUAAUGGGAGCGGAACCAAGUCACAGCGAAGUGGGAAGUCGAAGGAAUCGCCACCUGAUAAGUCCAAGAGAGGGAAAACCACCGAUUUAAGCUCGCGGAUCCAAUCUUUUCUGGGUAGCAAGAGCAAACAUGCUCAACGUUCUAGCCGUGAGCCUCCAGUCGAAGCUGCAAAGUACGAGGAAUAUGAGCAAGGUUCGCAAUCCCCGUGGUCUCAGUCACCAGCGCCCUCACCUGCCGUUCGCUCUGAAACGGACGAGAACCCAUUUUUCGCUAAUGCCCCGGUCGACGAGGAGACCUUCGAUCCAAAUCCGACAUCAAACGAUUAUUCGCAAGCUUCUCAAGUCGAGGCUAUUGGGGUAGAUAGGUCUUGGACGGUGUUGCAUCUGCCUUUGAUGCACCCCUUGCUUUCUAAGGCUGUCCAUGCCUUCCGUCUUGAUGCUGCCGCCAUGGAAUCGAAGUCAGCUGCUCGCGCCAAAGGCGUCGAUACGAAGGCAAAGCCGCAAGAGCCAGAGGCGAUUAGAGAAAGGCGGACUCCUAUUGCGAUUUUAUCACUGCUAAGCCCCGUUAUUCCGUAUCCUUCGAGUCUUAGGCACUCUUUGGAAUUUCUUGCUCCCCAUUUAGCGAGCUCAUAUUCCCUCUGUCGUCACCACUCCAACCUUCAAACAGAGAUUGCUGGCCUAUCGAGAAAGGGCCCGCGACAAGCUGGAUUUGGCGCCGUUAUCUCCGGUGCACCUCCCGUUGAUGAACGGAUAGCACUUGGCCACACCUGCUCAUCUUCCAUUGAUGAGAAUAAUAUUCAACGGUCAUCUGGAGGCAGUAUCACAAGUCCGAGCGACUAUUCUUGCGUGUCUAGAAGCGCCGCUGGGUCUCCUGCCGUCACCCCAGGCUGGGAACCAAGCAGUGUUGGCUUCAGCCGGGACAAAAGACUCAGUGGCGGAAGUCCAGUCUAUGGUGCUGGAGAAAGCUAUUUCGCUCCGAGGGUGCGUCCCGCUCUUGGGCGAGUGGACACAGGCUCUACGAACAACAGUAUAGUUAGAGCACGGCUGCCAUCUAAAGAUCCUUCCCCAAUAGAAGCGAGAUCCCACCAGCAAAGUCGAAUGUUGGAAGAGAAACGCGGAGCUCCUGCAACCCCUGAUACCGACCUCCGUAGCGACCUUAACUUGACCAAACCAGAAAAUGAUGAGUCUCGAUCUGUGACUUCAAUAUUGAAGCAUGAGACUGCUGAACCGGAAAAUGCCAGCCCCGCUCGCAGCCACCCUGAAGCUCCUCCCCGACGCCAGACAUCGCGUGGUUCAAAGGGGCCAAUGGCGGAACGGACACCCCAUACGCAACUACAUUCAUAUGGGGCGGACUUCAGUGCAACAUUUCAAUCUCUGCCAACUACGUCUGGCAGAGGCUCGUCAACCACGGUGGUUCCUGGGCGCUCGGGAUCUAUGCCUGUGCCAACAGAAAUGCCGCCGCCAUCAGAUCGAGUGAAGGGGUUGAUGCUCGACUCGUUGCCCGCUCACGUUUUCGUGGCUAUGCCCCCUUCAGGCGAAAUAGUAUGGGUUAAUAAUAGAUAUUUGACCUACCGUGGUCAGACGGUCCAGGAUCUCUACCACGAUCCUUGGGCAAGCCUUCAUUCCGACGAGCGAGAUGAAUACCUAAAGGCUUGGGGCCAUGCCAUCCGUUCUGGAGAACAAUUCUCCAAGCAAGUACGCAUCAGAAGAUUUGACGGCAGCUACCGUUGGUUUUAUACCAGGGCGGUGGGUCACCGUGACCACCGAGGCGUUAUUGUGCAGUGGUACGGCACACACAUGGAUAUCCAUGAUCAACAUGUGGCAGAGGUGAAAGCAGCCCGGCAGGAGGAGAUCGAAGCAUCGGAGGCGAAACACCGGCAACUUGCGAACCUAAUCCCCCAAAUUACCUUUGCAGCGACGGAGGAUGACGGCAUCACCUUUGCGAACGAGCAGUGGUUGUCAUACACCGGCCAGAGCUUUGACGAUGCCUUGGGAUUAGGUUUUAUGGAUCAUAUACAUCCAGAUGAUCUCGCCAAGUGCCAUAUCCCUGUCAAUCAACCACCAGCUCCGGCUCCCUUUACCGUGCGGUCGAAGAAGCGGCACGAAACCAGUCGGCGUCCCGCUCAAGUAUCUUCUGGAGGCAAGUCCAAGUCUUCCAGCGCCUCCGAGGCACCAAACGAAAUCACUGUCAAAGGGGUUUAUCCAUCGCUUUCGAGAACCAACAGCUCGAGCAGCGAAUCUAUUUAUGAAUACCCUAUUGCAGACUUGGCUGAGCUGGCGAGAACUGGGGUGAUCAAGAUCACCACAGAUAGCGAUGGAAGACAGUCAUAUGAAACGGAAGUGCGAUUAAAAUCUAAAACUGGGGAUUACCGUUGGCAUCUUGUGCGUUGCGUCGAGGUCGAAAAUAUUGCUCUCGGUAGCGGUGACGGCUCGUGGUUCGGUGCUUGCACCGACAUCCAUAACCAUAAACUGCUUGAAAAGACGUUAAAAGAGACUAUGAACGUGAAGACAAGAUUCUUAAGCAAUAUGUCACAUGAGAUCCGUACACCACUCAUUGGCAUUUCUGGAAUGGUCAAUUUCUUGCAAGAUACACCCCUCACCGAUGAACAGGCAGACUACUCCAAUACAAUCAAAUCCAGUGCCGAUAGCCUUCUCAACAUUAUCAACGAUAUCUUGGAUCUGUCAAAAGUUGAUGCCGGCAUGAUGAAACUGUCCUUUCAGUGGUUUCAUACCCGCUCAUUAGUUGAAGAAGUUAAUGAGAUUCUGUGCUCACUGGCAAUCACCAAGCGAAUCGAGUUGAACUAUGUCGUUGAUGUCGAUGUUCCUGAAAUGGUCAAGGGAGACAAGUUCAGAAUUCGACAAGUCCUACUCAACAUUGUAGGUAAUGCAAUCAAGUUUACAACAGUUGGCGAGGUCUUUAGCCGUUGCAGAGUUUCGCAAAAUGCUUCCAUCAAUCCCAACGAGAUAGUGCUGGAAUAUUCCAUCAUCGAUACCGGAAGUGGAUUCACACAGGAGGAGGCGGAAAUGAUUUUCAAACCAUUUAGCCAAAUCGAUGGAAGUAGCACUCGCACUCACGGGGGCACUGGCCUAGGGCUGGUGAUUUCAAGACAACUUGUUGAACUCCAUGGUGGCAAGAUGGAAGGCAGUGCUGUCCCCGGGAAAGGCUCAACAUUCACGUUUACAGCAACGUUUGGCUUGCCUACCGAGGAAGAUCACCCGGCAACAAAAUCAACACCGCAGCGCAGCAAAGAUAUACCGAUCAGCGCCGCACUCCUCAAUGAUCGCACUGUUACACGUAUCCUUAAGCCUGAAAUCAUGAAUAUGCCUCUGGCGGCCGGCCAGCGGCUGCCGUCCCCAAUAUUUGGCCGUCCCAACAACGAGCCGAGUAUUAUCGCAUCCCCUGCUACGCUAUCACCCGGUAGCUCAACACCAUCAGUUAGUUCCGUGCAGUCGCAUGUUACGCAGAUGUCGUCGUCAUCGUCAAUAGGGCAAAGCCUUUCUAAUUUCAGUCAGGCGACGAGAAUAGGCUCAUCCAAAGACAAUCAAAUGAAUCUCGCGCUCCCCGAUAGGCGCUCCUCAUCCUCAUCCAGCAUUAACCCGCCUAGCUCGGUGGUAGAGUCUGAUGACUCGUCUAGAACCGUUUUACCGCUAGCGGAUACUGAGCUACCUCGCGGUAGUAACGCGUCCCAAAUGGACACUGUCCCUGUUAAACGAUCAAGACCACCAAUGUACUCGAUCUUAAUCAUUUGCCCCCAACGACACAGCCGUGAGGCCACCACGCAGCAUAUCGAGAUGACAUUGCCUAAGGAUGUUCCACAUCAAAUCGCAGCCCGGGCAACCGUUGAAGAAGCCCAGCAGUUGAUUUGUGGGGAUGAUCCCGUUUUUUUUACGCAUAUCGUUGUAAAUAUUAGUUCAAAGGAGGAAAUUGUUACUUUGAUUAACCAAACCAUGUCAUCGACAACAUCGCCUGACACGUCGGUUGUCGUGCUUUCUGACCCAGUUCAAAGGCAAGAAAUCUUCAGAAUAGCAACAGCUUAUGAUUACGAUCAGCUCGCCAAAGAGCACCGCCUUACCUUCGUUUUCAAGCCGGUCAAGCCAUCUCGAUUUGCGGUUAUCUUCGACCCCGAGAAGGAACGAGAUCUCAGCACAGACCGCAAUCGCUUCAAUGCUGCUCAACAAGUCGCGGAUCAAAAGCAGAGCUAUCUUGAGGUAACAAAGCGGAUAGGCAAUAAGGGCCUCAAGGUGCUUCUCGUUGAGGAUAACCUGGUUAACCAGAAGGUCCUCUUGAAAUUUCUGAGCAAAGUGGGUAUUGCAGUCGAGCUUGCGUUGGAUGGCGUGGAAUGUACAAAGAAAGUGUUUUCUCAGGACCACUCGUUCUACUCCCUUAUCCUCUGCGAUCUCCAUAUGCCCAACAAAGAUGGGUACGAGACAUGCCGCGAGAUUCGACAGUGGGAGGAGAGGGAGUCGUACCCCCCCAUGCCUAUCAUCGCUCUCUCCGCCAACGUGAUGGCCGAUGUUGUGGACAAGUGCGUGCAGGCGGGGUUUAACAGCUAUGUAACAAAGCCUGUUGACUUCAAGGCGCUCAGCGUAACAAUGGGAGAUCUUCUCGACCCCAAUGGCUCCGAGAACGCUUCGGUUUAA